AUGAAUUUUGUAGUCGCAGCGAAACUUGGCGCGGCUGUACUCGUGAAUCACAAGAAAAUUCCUAAACGAUCACGUCUCGAUGAUAAAGAGCUGGCCGAUCGAACAAAUUUCGUAUGAUUAUUGGAUGAAUAAAUAAAAGUUACUGCCAAAUGUUUGCGACUCGUUGUUUAACACUGUCAUGCGGUAGGAUUUUGAGAAAUCAAUUUACAAGAAAUCUAACCUCCAGUGAGGUAGCUCCGAAUGCCGGAAAAGACGAAAUCGUUGAGAAAACCGAAGAGAAAACGAUUGUCGUGAGCCAAGAUGGUGCUAUCAGAUUAAUCGGAAUAAACCGACCUGCAAAAAAAAAUUGUUUGGAUGCGGCAACUGCCCAGUUACUCUCCGAGGCUUUAGAUGAUUUUGAGCAAGAUGAGAACUCCACUGUUGGUAUUCUUCAUGGCAUCGGAGGAAGCUUUUCCUCUGGUUUUGAUUUGGAUGAGAUUGCUAAAUCUAACGUAGAUUCUGAGGAAGGUUUCCCUCACUUUGGACCAUUGUCCAACAGAGACAGUCUUGUAAAGAAACCACUGAUAGGAUCGAUCAGUGGGUAUGCGGUAGGCGCAGGUUUUGAGCUUGCGCUAAUGUGCGAUUUAAGAAUUGUGGAAGAAACUGCAUCAAUGGGAUUUUUGAACAGGAGAAUGGGAAUACCAAUAAUGUCUGGUGGAACAGUGCGUUUGCCUGCAAUUAUUGGUUAUUCCCGAGCAAUGGACAUGAUUUUAUCAGGAAAAUUAAUAAACGCAGAUCAGGCUUACCAAUGGGGUUUAACAAAUUUGGUUGUUGCUUGUGGCAGUGCCCUCGGACAGUGCAUUGUGACAGCGCAUACUUUGAUGAAAUAUCCUCAAAAAGCUUUGCUGGCUGAUCGAAUGUCAGCACACUAUGCAGCAUUUUCCUCCAAGCAAAUUGACGAAGCUCUGCAAUUCGAGAAGGACAACUCGUCGCAUAUACUCCUCGAGGAGGGUGUCGAGGGAGCCCAAAGGUUUGUUGAUGGAUUCGGCAGGCACGGAAAAUCGAAAGAUAUCAAAUACCACGAUUAUACGAAUUUUCGAGAGUUGAACAAGGACAUGGUUUGAGAAAAUAGUUUUUAUUAUGUUUUAUUUCUGAAAGUGUACAUAAUUUUUUCUGACUGUCGAUUUUCAUUGAUCAAGGAAAUGUGAGUGACGAAGGAGAACUUGUAUUAUUAAAAAAUUUGAAUUUGUACUGUGUUACAGGUUCAUUAGCGAAAAAGCGAAAGAAAAAUCCUGAAUUUGCUGAGUAAAGAAGAAGCUUUGUACAGUAACGCAUUAAAAAUGUUGUCGAUAUUUAUUACGUAUUGAAAAAAGGAUCACAGAUUUAUUUCGA